AUGGCCGCCCUCGAUACCACAUCCAGCAUUCCAAGCAAGCGUGGCUCGUCAGCCCUCCAAAUGGGGCCUCGAAAAAAAGCCUCUUCAUCAGAUCCGCUUGUUUCCCAUGGACGCCACUUUGGUCGAACGGUGUUCGCGUUGUGUAACUACCCCUCCUUACUUACUAACGGUAUUUUGAGGCUGGAAACAAUGGAAGACAAUCCAUUGGAAGACUUCCCUGCUGAAGAGCGGCGAGAGCAUCGCGUCUUUGAGCAGCUCUUGGACUCCUAUCCCGGCCUCCUGGAUUGUUUGAAGGACGGGUCUGAGGAGGAAAUACUUCACGUUGGAGAGCUGAUCGGUAAGGGCGCCGCAGGUGCCAGAGGCGACGAUACCAAAACAUUGAAGGCAGCGGUACUUGAUUGGAUCGCCCCGAACGGAGAAGCAAUACAGCCUCCUCUACAUAGAAAUACUAAGAUUGAUCGUGGGUUUAACCACGAACUUACCGGAUCUCUCCUCUGCCCUGCCGGGUUAAGCUGGAAUGAUCCUCAGACAAAAGAAAACCUACGAAGUGGCGAAAUGCUGGUCUCUGGGGAUCAAUGGCCGAUUUUUUUGUAUGCCAAUCAGGUUUACAAUCCUGAAGACCCGUGGUGCGGCCUUCUUAGGAGCCGCUUGAUAGUACUUGCCUACAAAUAUGUUUUUACAUCUCCAAGCUCGGUUGACAGGGAGCCGAAGGCCACGCAAUCUGGUAAUGCCCGCCUCCACGGCAUGAUAUCUGUUACCGUCGCCUCAAUAGCGUACAUCGCAACUCAGGUGCGAUUUGCUUUAAGCUCGUCCUCAGUAUUCUCGUGA